CCAUAACUUUCUAGUACUGAAAGUUGGCACAAAUACGCAAUACAGAGUAAAUAUUGGCAUUAAACUUUGAGCACUCGGCUCUUAGCUGUUACAUAUACGAUAUACAUAUAUCUACACAGAUCCUUGACUAAUUGCCCCAGACGCAGCGAAACGAUUCGAUUUGCCUGAAAACUUUCAAGUCUUGGGCGAAAGUUUUGCCUGGCAGACACAUUCACACACUCCCCCAUGCCGGGUCUGCAAAUAACUUUAAGGCUGUGGCAGCCACUGUUGCUGCUCCUUCUGCUGGGAUGUGCCGCCUAUGCUGCCCCUCAGAUCCAGUUCAUAUCCAGGACUCGUGCGGCAGCCUGCGGGGAGAACGAGGAGAUCUCCUGCCUGCCCUGCCAGCAGCCCAGCUGCACAGUGCCCAACUAUGAUACGGACUGCUCCAAGGACGUUAUCUGCCAGCUGGGAUGCGGCUGCAAGUCUGGAUAUGUGCGGCACGAUCACACAGAUCGCUGUGUGUCCAUCUACGAAUGCAAGAACUUUAAGUGGAUCUCACAAGACCCCAUCAGGGCAAGGCGACUCGUGGCUCUGAAGCGUAAACUUCGUGUCGGCAGCUGGGGACGGGGCCGACCCCUCCGCCAGUUUCCUGAAUAUAGAAAACUGUGAAAUUGUA